AUGAGAGUGGUCGUGCUUGCCUUGACAUUGGCCUUCGUGGCUUGUCAACCUCAUAACUUGGUUCCUGAUUUUGCUGCCGGUAAAACUUAUGUGUACAAGUAUGAGGCCCUGCUCCUGGGCGGUCUGCCUGAGCAAGGUCUGUCAAGAGCAGGACUCAAAGUCAGCAGCAAAGUUCUCAUCAGUUCUGCAGCCGAAAAUAUUUACCUGCUGAAGCUUGUGGAACUUGAGAUCUUUGAGUUCAGUGGCGUCUGGCCUAAGGAUCCUUUAAUCCCAGCACCCAAGCUGACUUCAGCCCUGGCAGCCCAGCUCUUGACUCCCAUCAAGUUUGAGUAUGCCAAUGGUGUUGUUGGAAAAAUGUUUGCCCCUGAGGGGGUUUCCACAAUGGUGCUCAACGUCUACAGAGGUAUCCUGAAUGUCCUUCAGCUCAACAUCAAGAAGACACAGAAUGUCUAUGAGUUGCAGGAGGCCGGAGCUCAGGGUGUGUGCAAGACCCUCUAUGCCAUCAGUGAAGACGAAAAGGCUGAACGCAUCCUUUUGACAAAGACCAGGGAUCUGAACCACUGUCAAGAGAGGGUUGUGAAGGACAUGGGGAUGGCAUACACUCAGAAAUGUACAAAGUGCCAGCAGGAUUCAAAGAAUCUGAGAGGAGCUACAGCAUACAGCUACGUCUUGAAGCCGGUUGCACAUGGCAUCCUGAUCCUUGAGGCAGCUGUCCAUGAGCUGAUCCAGUUCUCCCCAUUCACUGAGCUCAAUGGAGCUGCUCAGAUGGAGACCAAGCAAUCGUUGGUCUUCCUUGAGAUUCAGAGGGCCCCCAUUGUACCCAGCGAUGCUCAGUAUCUUCACCGUGGAUCCCUUAAGUACGAGUUUUCCACUGAGCUUCUUCAGACACCCAUUCAGCUCAUCAAGAUCACCAAUGUACAGGCCCAGAUUGCAGAGGUUCUGAAUCAUCUGGUUGCUCACAAUAUGGAGAAAGUCCAUGAGGAUGCCCCUCUGAAGUUUUUGGAACUCAUUCAGCUCCUCCGUGUAGCACGCUUUGAAGACCUGGAAAUGCUUUGGAGCCAAUACAGAACCAAACCUGCCUACAGACAGUGGAUCUUGGAUGCCAUCCCCACCAUUGGAACUCCUGUUGCUCUGAAAUUUAUCAAGUUUAAAUUACUGGCUGAUGACCUUUCUGUUGUGGAAGCUGCUCAGGCUUUGAUUGCAUCUGUUCACAUGGUGACAGCAAACACUGAGGCCAUUAAGCUGCUUGAGUCCCUGGCAGUCAACAACAAGAUACUAGAAAACCCAGUUCUGCGUGAGAUUGUCCUUCUUGGCUAUGGUACCAUGGUCGCAAAACACUGUGUUGAGUUGGCUGACUGCCCUGCUGAACUUAUAAAGCCCAUCCAUGACCUCCUUGCCGAGGCUGUCGCUAAAGAUGAGACCCAGGACAUCAUUCUGCUCCUGAAGGUUUUGGGUAACGCUGGUCUUCCUACUAGCCUUAAACCAAUCACAAAGAUCCUGCCCAUACAUGGCACUCCAGCUGCAUCUCUGCCCAUGAGAGUCCAUGCUGAUGCUAUCCUGGCCCUGAGGAACAUUGCAAAGAAGGAGCCCAGAAUGAUCCAGGAAUUGGCUCUUCAGCUCUAUAUGGACAAGGCUCUUCACCCAGAGCUCCGCAUGCUUGCAUGUAUACUGCUGUUUGAAACAAGUCCUCCAAUGGGUUUGGUGACAACUCUUGCCAACAUUGUUAAGACAGAGAAGAAUCUGCAGGUAGCAAGCUUCACUUAUUCUCACAUGAAGUCCCUGACCAGGAGCACCGCCCCUAUCCAUGCCUCAGUUGCUGCAGCUUGCAAUGUCGCCAUCAAAAUCUUGAGCCCAAGGCUGGACAGACUGAGCUUACGUUUCAGCAAAGCCAUCCACAUGGACAUCUAUAACAGUCCCUUGAUGCUUGGUGCUGCUGCCAGCACUUUCUACAUCAAUGAUGCUGCUACCAUUCUGCCCAGAUCUAUUGUGGCUAAGACCAGUGCCUACCUUGCUGGAGCUGCUGCUGAUAUUCUGGAGGUUGGAGUAAGAACUGAGGGACUCCAGGAGGUUCUUCUGAAAAACCCUGAACUCAUUGACAAUGUUGACAGGAUCACUAAGAUGAAGCGUGUCAUUAAGGCUCUCUCUCAGUGGAAGGCUCUGCCCACCAGCACACCUCUGGGCUCUGUCUAUGUCAAAUUCUUCGGACAAGAAAUUGCCUUUGCUAACUUUGACAAAGUCUUGGUUGACCAGGCCAUUGCGCUCGCCACUGGACCCUCUGCUCAGGCAAUGGGUAGGAGGGCCAUCAGGGCUCUGCUGUCUGGUGCUUCCUUCCACAUUGCUAAGCCAUUGCUGGCCACUGAAGUGAGGCGUAUCAUGCCAACUGCUGCUGGUCUUCCUAUGGAGCUCAGUCUGUAUACUGCUGCUGUGGCUGCCGCAGUUGUUCAAGUCAAGGCCACCACAACACCAGCUCUGCCAGAAAAAUUCCCUCUUGCUCACCUUCUGAAGACAGACAUCCGGUUUGAGACUGAGAUUAGACCAAGCAUUGCUGUGAACACAUUCGCUGUGAUGGGGGUAAACACCGCCCUACUCCAGGCUGCUAUGAUCUCAAAGGCUAAACUCCACUCCUUUGUGCCCGCAAAAAUCAUUGCAAGACUUGACAUCAAUGAGGGCUCCUUUAAGGUUGAAAUUCUGCCUGUUUCUGUGCCUGAACAAAUUGCAGCUGUGCGUAUUGAGACUGUUGCUGUGGCAAGAAAUGUUGAAGAUCUCGCUGCUGCAAAAAUCACUCCCAUCAUCCCUACCAAGGUCUUGCAGUCCAUCUCAAGGGAGAUGCUCUCACCUGAGAGUGUUUCAUCUGCUGCUGAUAGUUUGUCAAAAUCCUCAGAGAUCUUUAACCAGGAUGAGGCAACCAUUAUGAGACGCAAAGCAGUUCAGUUUGAGAAGAAGUACUGUGCCAAUGCUUUGGCCAUUGGACUGAAGGGCUGUUUGAGGGUUGCCACUGAAAACGCUGCUUCCAUCCGUGACAUUGCCCUUUACAAACUGGCUGGAAAGCACUCUAUCGCUCUUACCAUCAAACCAAUUGAAGGCGAGGAAAUUGAGAGACUGGUGAUGGAGGUUCAAGUUGGACCAAAGGCUGCAGAGAAGCUCAUUAAACAGAUCAACCUGAGUGAAGAAAUUGUUGAAGAAAGACCGGCUUUGAUGAAGCUCAAGAAAAUCCUGGUUCCUGGUCAGGAGAAUAUCAACUCAUCUCCCUCCUCUAGCUCCAGCAGUUCUUCCAGCUCCUCAGCCCGUACCAGCAGCAGCAGCAGCAGCAGCAGCAGCAGCAGCAGCAGACUCAGCUCCGCCAGAGCUGUGAGCAGAACUAGCUCUGCAUCUAACCUUGCAUCUCUCUUUAGUGCUGACUCAAGUUCCUCUAGCUCCAGUGCUCGUCUCUCAAAGGGAGCGAUUUAUAGCCACAAGUUCCAGAGGAACCACAAAGCCGAGGUACGUUUAGAUGGGGAUCUCACCUCAGUUGCAGUUUCCAUGAGCAGGAGCAGUGCCUCAAGCUUUGAGGCCAUCUACAGACAGAACAAAUUCCUUGGCACUGGAGUUGCUCCUAUCUUUGCCAUCAUCUUCCGUGCCGUCAGAGCCGACAAAAAGAUAAUGGGAUACCAGAUAGCAGUCUACCUGGACAAACCUACUGCCAGACUUCAGAUUAUUCUGGCUGCCUUGGCUGCCGAUAACAACUUUAAGAUCUGUGCUGAUGGGGUUCUGCUUAGCAAGCACAAAGUCACAGCUAAAAUCGCAUGGGGAGCAGAAUGCAAGCAAUAUGACACAUUGAUCACAGCGGAGACUGGUCUUCUUGGUCCAAGCCCUGCAGCUCGCCUCAGAGUGUCCUGGAACGCACUGCCUACAGCACUUAAACGCUAUGCCAAAAAGAUGUAUGACUACAUUCCUGCUACCAUGCUGCCUGGCUUGAUAAAAGCAAAGACUGAAACAACUGCCAAUCAGCUCUCAGCGACAGUGGUUGCCACAUCUGACAAGACCAUUGACCUCAUUUGGAAAGCACCAACAAAUACUGUCUAUAAGCUGUCUGUGCAUCUUCCCAUCGCUAUGCCACUUAAAGAAAUCAAAGGUCUCACCCCCUUCGAUGGCGUUGCUGAUAACGCCCACUACUUGCUUGCCAAGGCUGGAGCAGCUGAAUGCAGCUUCAGCAAAGACACACUGACCACAUUCAACAACAGGAGAUACAAGAACCAGAUGCCAUUGUCUUGCUACCAAGUUCUGGCACAGGAUUGUACUGACGAGCUGAAAUUCAUGGUUCUGCUGAAGAAGGAUCAAAUUGAGCAGAACCAUAUCAAUGUGAAAAUUGCUGACAUUGAUAUUGACCUGUACCCGAAGAACACUGACUUGAUUGUGAAGGUCAAUGGAAUGGAAAUACCUAUCACCAACCUGCCAUACCAGCAUCCCACAGCUAAAAUCCAGAUCAGUCCAAAGGGUGAGGGCAUCUCUGUGUACGCUCCCAGCCUGGGUCUUCAUGAAGUCUAUUUUGACAAGAACUCAUGGACGGUUAAAGUUGUGGACUGGAUGAAGGGACAGACCUGUGGACUCUGUGGAAAGGCUGACGGUGAAGUCAGACAGGAGUACCGCACACCCAACGGCCGCUUGAUCAAGGACGCAGUCAGCUACGCCCAUUCCUGGGUUCUGCCAGCCGAGAGCUGCAGGGACACCUCUGAGUGCCGCAUGAAGCUCGAAUCUGUGCAGCUGGAGAGGCAGGUAAACCAUGGCCAGGAAUGCUACUCCGUUGAGCCUGUUCUGCGCUGUCUGCCCGGCUGUUUCCCUGUAAAGACCACCUCCGUCACUGUUGGCUUCCACUGCCUGCCUGCUGAUUCUGCCAUGAUUCGCCCAGAGAGUCUGAGCAACAUGAACGAUAACAGCGUGGACCUCAGGGAAAAGACAGAAGCCCACCUCGCCUGCAGCUGCACUGCUCAGUGUGCUUAACUACACCUCAUCUGUUCGUCAUUUAAAUAAUGUGCAUGAUAUGGAUGCAAUUCUUA